CCGCCCCUUCCCGCCCGGGGAGCCGGGCCGGGUGCUGCCCCAUGGCCACUGCCCCAGCAGAGAGCUCCAAGAAGGGGCUGGGGUUGAGCCAGAGCCACAGCAAUUCUGCUUUGGAUUAUUCGGGAGACACCUUUGAGUCCUUCAGCGAGGAGGAGGAGAGCCAAGCACCUGGAUCCUGGUGUUCCACUGAAGAUGAGGAGAGCCAAGCACCUGGAUCCUGGUGUUCCACUGAGAAUGAGGAGAGCCAAGCACCUGGAUCCUGGUGUUCCACUGAGGAUGAGGAGAGCCAAGCACCUGGAUCCUGGUGUUCCACUGAAGAUGAGGAGAGCCAAGCACCUGGAUCCUGGUGUUCCACUGAGGAUUUGGAGGGGGCAGCUGUGUCAGAGGCUUUGGAAAGUUCCUCAUCACUGGCAGGCCAAAGUCCUGCAGAGGAGGAGUCUGAAGCAGUGGAUGCUGCAGCUGCCAUAGGAAAAUGGAUUGAUGCCAUGGGAAAAGGGAUUGAUGUGAAAAAUAAAGCCGCUGGGAUUGGGCCAGACAAAUCUGACAUCACAGCUCCUGCUGCUGCAGAAGGAGCAGUCCAGCAUGUUGGGAUCACACAUGGAAAAGUGGGAAUCUGGGAGAGACACAGAACAAACUCAACCCCCAAAGCAAGACCUGACAUCCCCUGGGCAGGGGUUCCUGGACUGUCCCCAGAAGAGCUGGCUGCUCUCAGGAGGUUCUGCAGCAGCAGGAUCAGCAGGAUGCAGCAGCAGCAGGCAGGGAAGGGCAGGAGGCUGCAGGGGAGGAUCCCAGCAGGGCAGAGGGACACAGGAGAUUGCUGUGCUGUUCUGCAGCUGAUGAACAGGAUCCUGCUGGACAACACCAGGCAGGCUGUCAAACAGGUGACAGAAGCUGAAAUCCAUGAGGCUUCAACAUGUCCUGAGUGCCAGCAGAAGGAAGCAGAGCUGGCCAGGGCUGCCUUCCUCAGGCACAAAAAGACUCUGCUGGAAGGUGCUUUAAUCCAAGAGAAAUUGAAAGAACAGCUUUACUCCAGAGACAUGCUCACACUUCUGGGAGAAGCCCUCAGCAGCUUUCCCAAACCUUCAGAGGAUCCCAGGGAUUUGUGGCAAAGGCUGAAGGGAGCUCCUCCCUCCAGCAGCAGCUUUUUCUUUUGAUCCAAAGAAACCUCAAAACUCUGGUCAAGGAACAUUUACUCAUCUGCUGCCUGGUUUGUGCUUGCUGGGGCAUAAAAGGAGCAGGGUGGCUCAGGAGGGAUUCCUUGGGAAAAGCAGCUGUGGCUGUGAAACAAAUCCAUCUGCCUCUUCAGAGUGCUCUGCAGCUCUGCCUCUGUGGCUUUCAGGCCACCCAGACUUGCAUGAUUUAAUCUUCUGCAUGGCUGCUGAUGUGAUGGGAUCACUGCUCUGAACUCUGCUAACCAAGAAGGUUUCUCCCACCUCAGUGGUUUCAUGCUCUGUGUGUGCUGAUACCCACUUUGGGGAUGUUGGAUUUGAUAACUGACCCUUUGGAGAAACAUUCCUCAAAUUAUCAUUAAAAUCAGUUUCCCAUGGA